GGGCGGUGGGGGUGGGGGCGGGGCGAAGGCGGAGCGGGCGGUGUAAACAGACCCGGGAGCCGCGAGCCCCGGAGGAGGCGCGGGCGGCGCCGCCAUGGACUUCCAGCAGCUGGCAGAUGUCGCGGAGAAGUGGUGUUCCAGCACACCCUUCGAGCUCAUCGCCGCCGAGGAGACCGAGCGCAGGAUGGACUUCUACGCCGACCCGGGCGUCUCCUUCUACGUGCUGUGUCCGGACAACGGCUGUGGCGACAGUUUUCACGUGUGGAGCGAGAGCGAGGACUGCCUGCCCUUCCUGCAGCUGGCACAGGAUUACAUCUCUUCUUGCGGCAAGAAGACGCUCCAUGAAGUCUUGGAAAAAGUCUUCAAGUCCUUCAGACCUCUGCUGGGCCUUCCGGAUGCGGAUGACGACGCCUUUGAAGAAUACAGCGCCGACGUGGAGGAGGAGGAGCCAGAGGCGGACCACCCCCAGAUGGGGGUCAGUCAGCAGUAAACUCCUCCUGUGCCCCUGGGGUAGCCUUUUCAUUAGCUCUUCAAAACAGGACGUCUGGCCCCUGGCAUCCAAGUGAAAAUGAAAUACCUUUUAAAUGACCACACAGUAUCUGUGAUGGGCUUCGCUUAGAAGUGACCAGAAUUCCGGCCUCACUUCGGCGGGAUCUCUAUGGAGAUGUCUUGGUAGCCUUUGCCACUUUGAAGUUAGAGUCCAUGUUGUGGCUGCCUGCUCCCUCUUGAGUUUAUGUUGGAGAAUUAAUGUUUCCUGACUGGAAUGUCGAGAACUCUGAAUGUAUUAAGGAUGUGUUUUGAGUCCUCACGGGCGACCUUGCUGAGGAAAAGCAUGACAGAGGAGAAAUGCAGCCUGCACUCUUUGUGUACCUUCUAAGUGUCCGUAAGUGAAAGGUUUUGCUUAGAAAGCAUGAGUUUUACUAUCUAGUCGUGAACUGCCCAAGUGCGAAUGCAGAGGGUAAGGGUGGCCUAGGCUCCUUGGCGAGUCUCACCUCCGCUGAACUGGUUCCCUGGGCAUGUAGCAGCCAGAUGCUGCUUGGUUUAAAUGUUUUGUGGUUGUUCGAUCAUUUUAAAAACUUGCUGAUUCCAAAGCCACUUUUAAAUUCUAAUAGUGGAAACUACAGAUGGGGGUGAAAGAUAUAAAUUAUUGAUUUCUUUAAGCCGUUUAUAAGCCUGCAUAUGAAACGAAACCUUUACCUUUUAUCUUUACGAGGAGAUGGCAACUUAGUAAUCAUGAAAACAACCAGGAUCCAAGCAAGUGCCCCUUAAGCUUUGAAGCCAUAGAUAAACCUAACGUGAAAAUAAAUCAGGAUUAAAAAUAAAUUAAUAUAAUGAAAUCUUUUACUUUCCUAAUCUUUUAUCCUCUAAGAUGUCAAGAAAGGCUCCCACUGAAUUAAUUUAUUUAAAAUUGUAAUUAAAUACUCCAGGAAACCUACUUGCAGAGAAAUUUUAAAGUGACAUGAAAGUAGGAAUCUUAAUUACAGGAUUGGUUGGUUGAAAGAGGAUGCUCUUAAUGAUCAGGGCGCACAGACACUUCCCAGAAGUAACUGCCAUCAUCUUUAGGAUGUUCUCUCAUGCCAUCGUGGGACCCUUCCGCGUCUCGGGUUCUCAGAACUGAGGAUAUCACGCGCCCCUUUGCAGCACUCGAUUCCUCUGCGCACCCAAUUUGGGGAUGUUUCACACACACACAUGCACACAUGUACACACGCACGCUGGAUAUGUUACCAGUAUUUUAAAUUAAAAAAAGAAAAAAUUAGAAGAAGAAAAGAAAAAUCUGCAGCGGCAGAAGCUUGUUCGGCUGGCAUGUCUGGGCAUUUUCUGUUUAACCCAGUGGCAGUGUGAGGAGAGUGCAGUGGCUGGGUGAAGCCAAAUUCCUGUUUCCACCUGUGCAUUUAUACCUAUGUGUCUUAUUUCCUGAGAGAAAGGUAUUAAUGGUUAAUUUCAGGCCAAGUGGCUUCCCUAGAAGUGGUCCAUCAGCAGAGUCAGACAGAAUGGUCCUUCUGGGCGCGAGGUCCAGCCUUCGCAGUCCUGUCCCUGGUCCCAUCAUACCCGCUCACAGCAGGGAGACGGAGCUCUCUGUCUUGUAGAUACAUGGUCCAGGGUAGGUAACUUCCUUUCAAGUAAGGCAGGCCGCACAAAUAAAUGUCUUUUGUGGGUAAAACAAAGGCACCUGAGCAGUUUGCUCCAUUCUGAGGUAACCUGGAAUUUUAUACACAGAGGCUUCAAAUCUAAAUUUACAUGUGUUUGAACAUUAAUAUAAGAUGAAUUUCUAUCAAAAGCGCAUUUAAACCUGGACCAGAGACACUUGGUGGCAUCAUAUUAGUGUUCUCUAUUUGUACAAGUUGAGCUCAGACCCCUUAGCAGCACAGUGGGCUGCCGGGAAACUCUCGUCUUUCUUCUGCCCAGGGGUCAGGAGGAGGGAACAUCCCUGGGUGUGGCUGGUAUCCACAGCAAAACCCAGGGGCAUCAGCAAAUCCACUGUCCUCGAAACCCUCCUUCUCAUCCCUCCCAGUGUGCACCUGUGCGCACAAGUAUGCACACACCCACCCCUAUCCAUUCCAUGGCUGCUCGCAUCCCAGCUGGGGCUGCAGUCAAACAGCCCGCGGCUCCAUAGUGAGAUAAGUGUGACCCCUCCCCCAAGCCUACAGUGGCAUUCCAGUGGCAGCCGUAGCGUGGGAGAAAGGUCUUGUGAAAUUAGGAGAGACACUUGCUUCUAGUUUUGACUCGGCCCUGGACUACGGGACAUUGAUAAGUCACGUGACUUCUCUAUGAAACAGGGGUAUUUGCUCUUCUAGCUUUAAACACCGUCCUAAUGUGGCUGCUAUAAGAAGGAAGUGCGCAGAAGAGCAACAGCCGAGGAUGCUGGGGGACACAGGAAGGAAAUACCUUGUAACUUUGCCAAAGAUGGUGUCCUUAAGAUGCUGGCCUUGCAGAUGGCUGUGCAUACCUUAGACUCCGGUGGCCAAUGAGUGUCCACAUCCCUGGAGCCUGGGGUGGGCUCGAUCCCAGGCAACUGAUGAAAUUCUGUUGCUCUGAGAAGUAAGUAAGCCGAGGCCUCAGAGGACCAUUUGUCUCUGCUGAACCAGUGCUGCUGGUGGCAGGCAGAGCCACUCUCUGCCCACUACACGGAUGGCUUUGGAGGUGGUAAGCAGGAAACCCAAGAGGGGAGAUUGGCAUGGAGACUAGCUGGGAGAGAAGGAGCAACGGCCCUCUGCUGGCCCUGUCACUCAGGAAAGAGAAAGUGACAGACUCUAGGCAGUGGGCAGAGACAGAGUGAGAAUAAACAUAUUCAGGGGUGGACUGAUUACUCGCUGGUCGAUGACGCCAGUGACAACAUUACAAAGCCUGGCCCCGGCGUCAGGUGACCUGUGGAGACAUUUUUCUCACAUCUGCCUGGUUGCUUUCGGUGGUGGCACUGAGCCGAGCAGGCUUCAGGGAUUGAAGUACAGAGCCAGGGAGGGUGGUGGAGUACAUACAAUGCCUGGCCUCAUGAGGGCUCAGCCGCACUGCAGUGUCCACUGGAGACUCCCAGGCCCACCGCCGCACAUGGUACGUUCUGUGCCUCCCUGACCAGAGCACCAGAGCUACGCGAGGAGACUGUCCUUGCACGAUGGCACCAGAACUAAGUGUGCAGUGUGCUUAAGUCAGGCUGGCUGCCUCUGGGAGUGAGGCUAGUGCUCAGUACAGACAGAAACUGUUCCCUAGCACAAUGCAUGGCUCUGAGUAUUGUUUCGGUUUUCUCAGAGCACAAAGAGUGUGUCCCGAGUGUUGCAAUUUCCAGAGCGGUGUUUUUAGUUAUUGCAUGUUAAAAAAAAAAAAAAACUCGCCAGUUUGGAAACAGUUUAAUCAAAUCUGUUUUUCUACAGUGAGAGGAAUGUAGGGGUGGCUGGACUUAUUGUGGGUUGAGAGGAAGGAAGUAAACAGGGACAGUGAGAGAGUUAGGUCUCGGUGCGUCUUAGUUGGAAGCAAGCACAUAGUCUCUGCUUCACCUCCUGGGGAACAGGGCAGCAUGUAGGCUCUCUCUUAGAAAGGUGGGUGCUUGGAGGAUGCUGGUAAUGGCUUUGUGGCUUUCACAGUGGCCCCUGCCUAGCCAAAGGCACAGCAGGUGUCCUGCAUACCUAGCAGAAUUCCUUCCCUCAGAAAUAGAAUCAGCUGAUAGCCAGAAAAGUAUGCCUUCAAGAGUGCUGACCCAAGAGGGCCUGCACUGGCAGCUGGCGGGAGGUGGGCCAUACCUGCCCUCUCCUCCACUGAUGCUUCAGGUGUCAGUGAGACUAAGGGGGAGGCCCUUGUCCCUACAACAAUCUUGAGGGAGAUGCCACGCUCUGGCUUGUGGCCUCAUCUCCGGAGAUGCAUAAAACAAACGUUUCUGCAUUAGAAACAUUCCUCUUUCAUACACACUCAUCACGCUGCCUUGGUUUAAUGAACUAGUAUGACUUGAGAAGCCGAGGCCUUUUAGAUUUCAUACAGAGUAGGUGUAAAGUUGCCGGGAUCCUAGCAACCUGUGGUCUAUGACAAUGACCUUGAGCAUUUCAUGUUAGAAACCCCAUUUGCCACACUGUAAGGCUGAAUAGUUCCAGGAAGCUUAAAGUGUGCACCAAGCUACACAGGAAUUAACAUUCGGUUUUCUUAGGACUGUGUUCAGGUUGUUUGGGAGCAGGGAGAAAGCUGGCAGUAUGCUUUCCAUGAACUACCUUUCCCUAGGCUUUCCUUUUGGUUUCCCCCCCCCCCCCAAGUUUCUGUUUUAGCAGGAGCCUUGUGAACUGGCAUAGACCAAUGCUCUAUAGAAAUGCCAGCUUUCCAAAAGGCACUAAAAUAAAAUAGUCAGUGCUGGGCAAGUCUGAACCCAGCUAUAAUCCUGUACUCAUUUGUGAGCAAGCAAGAUUUCCGCCAUCUCCAGAGAAGUAAAUCGGAAGAAACAAAAGCGAGGCACUUUGUUGUUUAUUUCUGUUUUUUCAGGCCGUUUUUUUUUUUUUCUGUGUGAUGUGUGUAUUUUCUUUUGAGUUUGUAUUUCCUUUCAGAGAGCUCUCUUGUAGAUGACAGACUGUGAAAUGGGUUGCCAAAAACUGUGCGCUUUGUUAGAUGCUUCAGACAGAACUGUGUAAAUUCUCUCUGCACCCUGUUCCAUUUGCUUCCUCUUCCCUCCCAUGAGAGCAAGGACCACAUCCAAGGAUGUAAUUACCAUGCACUUGCUAUUAAAGAGCCUUUCAGCCCUGGU